AUGACGGACAGGGGAGAUCCUCCCUCUGCAACACGCAGGCGGGACCGCCCGCCGGCGGUUGUUGACCGGCCGCUCGCUGAGCGAAACUUGUUCGCGAACGAGCCGCCACGUCCGCUGCCGCCGAUCCGCACCCCGGCCGCAACAACAUCCUCCGCGGCCGUCGCAGCUGAAAAAGUCAGCCACACGGACAGCCACGCAAGCACCGAUGCCACCAAGACGCAACGCGGUAAGACGCCAGUGCCGACGUGCCGGAUACUCCGAGGCCCGACAUAUGAUUAUACUCGGGCCGAGGAACCGAAACCCGCACGCCCGCCCAAAACCACGCGCCCGCACACCUCACCAUGCGGUCUAAUAACCUCGCCGACCGACAAGCGACCACGUGUCGGCUCGGACGUUACCUCGCCCGAACAGCGCCUGCUCGACGCGGGAGCGCGUGCGUAUUCGCAGCCGCCCCGAUCGCCGUCAUCCUCAUCCACCUCGGUGGAUUCUACACCUCGAUCCACUCCCAGCGUCUCUCCGGACCGACGCUCGGAUGUAUUUAUUCGACAUUUUGAAAUGGAGGAGCUUGGUGGCGAAUCGGCAUGGACCGACGCCACCUCAUAUGCAACUUUUGCUAAAGAAAGUGCAGGUAAGGGUGCCUCACCUCUCUCUCCCCGAGUUCGCAGCCCGCAGCCCUCGACGUCGUACGCAGCCACAGCAGCCGCACCCGCAACCGCAACACCAAGGCGCAAGACGCCCACACCUCCGCCAUCGAUCGCAGCAGCAGCACCCAACGCAGCCGCCGCCACCACCGCCGCUACCGUGAACUCCGAGCAGUCGACCGCACAGCGUAAGGGCUACCCGCCCAUCUCGCGCACUACGCGAAUCGACGCGGGAACACAGCGCGUCAUCACCGAGCGCCGCGCGCCGUCGACUGACCGGGCUCGCGGCAGCGAGGCGCGACACACCGCCCCCGCCCCCCCCCCCCCCCCCCCGCCCCGCAACCUCCCGCAGACGAGACGCGAGCCGCACGCGCACGUCGCGCUAUGGCUGUCGCGCCACCAGAAGCGCGCGACGCCUCCCACGCGCCGCCACAGCGAGACUCCAGUGCGCCGGCGGCGGCCGUGCCGAGCGGUCAACCGCCAACUACGCUCCAGCCGCCGGCCAAUGACCCACGCCCGCGCGGAAAGCACGGAAUACGUCAAAAACAACAACGUCGACGCCGUCAACGCCGCCAACGCCAAGAAGCCUCCGAAGCUACUGCCGAAUCAGAAACGGAUAGGGACUCGCGCAGAA